AUGGCGCAUCAUCACGGCGAGGACUUUGACGUUGUGAUUGACGGCCAGAGCGUGCUCGGCGCGCUUGGUCCUGAUCUCGCGAACGGCGGCGGGCAGACUGCGGAUGCGGAACGGUAUAAGCUUAAGCGGGGGCAGAUUGUGAAGGUGGAUAGAGUGUUGGUCAGUAUCAAGUCUGCGAACGUGCGGUCUUUGCCGUCGGAUUUUAAUGAGGCAGAUCCUACCCCGCUCGAUGUCGUCGAGAGGGCGAGGGAGUAUGUUGCUGUUACGCGCUACUUUGGCAAUGAGGAGGUGCCAUUCUGCCUUGAGCUCUAUAAAUCAUUAAUCGUACCGGCCAUCUCUACAGAAAGUCCGCCUUCAUCAAUCGCCUGCUCCAUCCCCUUAGACCGCAAAUUCGUCGGCGUCAACCUUUUCUCGUCGCUCGACAAAUCGCUUGCGUUAUGGACUCCCGACAUGAAAGGCAGGAAGAAAAACAACCGCACGAUGAUUUACAUACUACGCUUCCGCUCGCCGUCGACGAGUAUCGCCUGGUACGGAUUCCUCCGCGGCGUGCUGGGCGGAAAAAUCGCAAAGGAUAUAAUUCUGCAGGUGCCUGAUUUGGAGGCGUCGCUCAAGAUUGGGAUUCCGUGGGAUGAUAUCCGGGAACACAAUAUGCGGAUCUUACUCGAAGCGCAGGAAAACGAGGAUGCGGGCGCGAAUCAUGCGCAGGACGUGACGAGCCCGAGACGGACGGUUCUCGAUAUAACAGAGUACACUAUCCAGACCGCGCUCGACAUUUUAGAAAAAGUGCCCGAGUACGCCGAGACGGUGCGGUACUGGCGCGAGCGCGAGCGGCUAGGUCUCGCGUGGCGGAGAUACGAUCGCAUCGAAUGGCUCCACGACGUGACCGAGCAGCACAUCUACGCCGCCUGGGCGCUGCGCAAGACGCACGAGCUCGAGCUCCGGCCGCAGGUGCACUACGCGACCUUCUCGCCGCUGCCGAAACCGCGCGCGGCGCAGUCGGUCGCGGAGCCGCCGCCGAUCGAGGGCUUUCUGAUCCGACUUACGCAGCACUCGGGAAACACGACGCGGCUGGGCAGGCUGUUUUACAAGCAGUUUUACUUUAUGUGCCAUGAUAACAUGCUACUGUUUGGCAAGCCGCACCACGCGACGCCGCCUGCGUUCGAGAAGCCGUUCUCGUUGACGGAGGGAUCUGGGACGCGCACGUUCAUCCAUGAGUUUACGCCGUAUCCGAUGAAGGAGGGGAAGAUUGAGUGGUUGGAUGGCACGCGGGUGCGCGAUACGCACAAGCUGAAGGAGUUGGAUGAUAUCGCGCUGUCGGAGGUGUAUAGAAGGCUUUACCAGAUUCUCACGUCGUCCGGGUUUAUUGACCUGUGUGAUGUAGUUGAGGUUCGCAAGGUUGAGAGAAAUGCAAACAUCGACUCAAACAUCGGCGUCGGCGACGGCGUCAACUUCAACAACUCCGGCCGCAACGACAACUCCAACUACGAAGACGGCGUAGUGACCGAGUUCGACGACGACCGCGUCUUCGAGCUCGUCCUCAAAUCAGGCCUGGUCGUACGUCUGCAGGCGUUCAACAAAAUCACCCGCGACGAGUGGAUCUCGAGGUUGGACGAGCUCAGGAUAUAUUGGCAGGCGAGGCUGGAGGCCGACGCGCGCGCGCUGACGAGGCUGAAGGCGGAUAAUCUCGAGCAGCUGCAUAUCGAUGAGGAGAUGGAGUCGCAUAUCGGCGAGGCGGCGUCAAAGUGGGAGGCGUUGCGGGGAAUCGCGGAUCCACAGAUCUACAACGUCUGCCCGCUUUCGUUCUGUCGAAGCAUAACUAUGAAAGGACCAUUAUUUUUCAAACUCCGCAAACAAGCAUCCUUCAAACUCAACUACAUCGUCAUCUGCCACGGCCACCUCCUAAUCUACGAAGAACAAUCACGCACCACCUCCGGCGUCGAAGUCCCGAAAAUCUACCGCAAAAAGCGCGACGUGAUCCCGCUGAAAGAAUGCUACGCCUACUCCGGCAUCCUCACCGAAGCAGACCUAAUGCAGCACAACAACUCCUUCAACGUCUCCGCCGCGCCGGGCAUGUUUUCCAUGCCGCGCAUCUACGCCGACGGCACGACCGCGUCCGACGACGAGUUCUCCCGCUGCUUUGUCCUUUGGCGCGCAAACGCCGCCGCCGAACUCGCGCCCCGAGACGCAUCCGCCGCGUUCGACAAACAGUUUCGCAAAAAGUCAAAGGCGGCUGCGGGCGUGGCUUCGGACUCCGGGGAUAGGUUCUAUAGCAUAAACAGGCUGGGGGUGUCCGGGACACCGCUGAUGUUCAUGGCGAGGUCGAGGAUGGAGAAGGAGAUGUGGGUUUCUGUCAUCACCGACGAGAUCGGACGGGUGCAGGAGAAGAGUGUGUCGCACCACGUUGUGUCUUGA